AUGCAGUGGGGCAACGUGGCUCGAGCAGACGAACUUCUAAAUCUAGAUCUUAAGAUCUUGUUUUCCCAGGAUCUGGCCUCAACUCGGCCAUUUUUGGCGUAUUACACUUCACUAAGACUGGGAAUGGAAAGGCAGAUAAUGACGUCGUUAACCUCCGUGCGCGAACGCAUCCCAGCGCCUACACGCUCCUUAUAUCCGUUGCCGUUACGCGCGUGCGCGUCACCGAACGACAAGAUUGCGCCCACGCUACACAGCUCUAUCCCCAUUUACACAGGCGCAUCAUCAAGUGCCGCAGCUUGUCACGCUCCUACGACGCCAAUGCUGCCGUCGCUACUACGCCCGUCGUCAUACUUACGCCGUAGGAGACGUCGGGCGAUGAUGUGA